AUGGCAGUCUGUGCCCAAAGCAUGAACAGACAUGCAGAAACGUUGAUGAUAAAUCUGAACCACCAAAGACAACGAGCUCAGUUCUGUGACUGUGUGGUCAUACAGAAACUCAACCCCGGUCAGGUCUUUUCUGCCCACAGGUGAGCACCAUCAAACAGAAAAACACACAAAGUAACAUAUAAAUUGACCGGUAGUAUUGUUAGUUUCAGUCUUUACAUGUUUUUAGCCGUAACAUCUAGUUGCUUUCUUUUCCCAGGUGUGUCCUAUCAGCUGCUAGUCCAGUGUUGGCAUCUAUCUUGUCCUCGACUGGUGUCCUGGUGGAACUACAUGAUCCAUGUCUGUCUGGGUCUGUACUGGGAAUGCUUUUGGACUACAUCUACACAGGAUCAAUAAUGCACACCCACAGCCAGGAACAGUUUUGCAGUCUCCUCACUGCUGCCACCUACCUGCAGAUGGAUGGAUUGCAGGAGACUCUGAGGGCUUUGCAGCAGACUGAGGUGAAAGCUGUAGAUGAUGCGGAUGGGAUAGAUUAUCAACCCAACAAACACAUUAGAGACGAAGACAAUGCGAGUUGUAGUGGCUUUCGUGCACAUAUGCCCUUGUCCCACACUUGCCUAAACUCACUGCAGGAAGAGGAUCAUUCAGAUGCAACUCAUCUGGGCACAUGCAACGACAACUGUGAUAAAGACUGUCCCUCAAAAGGAAACACCCCUUCAAGAAACGUGAUAGCCAGCUGUUCUGCACCCAGAAUUACCAACAAUGGUUUGGAUACUGACAACUGCACACAGGUAACCCACCUCACAUCACAGGAUUCGUCCGAAAAAUUCCCAUUCACCUUUAAAACUUCAGGAGUGCCCACAGUGGACAAAGAGUUGUCAAAGGAUCAGCCAUCUAACUCUGCUGAAUCACAGACUUGCCAGGAGGAGGACCUGGCGAGGAGCGUGCCAGACAGGAGAGGCAUGUUCUACACUUGCACAGCUGUACUACAAGAGAAGGAAAUGAGUGAAGAAAAUAGGAAGCAACCAUGUCUAGCAGUGAAAGGUCAAGUAGAAGCAGAGGAAAUGAACAGAGAGGAGGUAAACAAGACUCAGAUCCAUCUCUCUCCUGUUCCUUCUCUCUCAACCUCUACUGUGAAGGAUAGUGUUUCCCAUUCACAGUGCACCUCCUUGCUUUCUUCUUCAUCACCACAGCCGUGCUCUGAGGCAGUUUCUGUCAUAUGUCACAGCAGUAACGCAUCUAUGUCCCAGCUGACAGAGGAGUCCUCAAAGAUUCCCUGCCUUCCAGUACUCAAGGUUUCGGCCAGCUCCUGCUGUCCAUCAAGAAGCAUCGAUGGUGACAGCACUGCAGAAGGCAUCACCAUCAGCCAUGGGAUCAAAAACCAGGAGUUAAAUCACAAAUCUAAUAGCUCUGCAGGUCAUCAACACAGCAGCAAUGUAUCAUCCCAAACGGCUAACCAAAAUGACCACAGUGCUCAUUGUGAUUCAUUUCACAAUCAACCCAAAGACCGAAGAGACAAACUCGAGCAAAGGACCAGGCUCUGCAGAAAUCUCAUCAGAGGAUUAAAGAAUAAAACUGAUCUCGGGUUUGAGGAUUUCCCCUCAAAGUAUCAGCGGCUUGAUUGUUCUGAUAACCAUAAUAUCCCGACCAAGUCCAUUCACUCAAAUGAUCAGAGAGUCGAGAUUCCACUUCCUGAACAGAGCCCAGUCACAGGCAGUGUCCACCACAGUGAAGGCUCGAGUCCUGAGAGAGAAGUGAAAGAAGAACACAAACACACAACCAAAGUUCAAAGACAGGACAGCAACUGUAGCCUCCACAGACCUCGGACUGAUUGGUGCCCAAAUGUGCGGAGAGCUGAGGCAGGCACAAAAGAUGAUUCGGUCAGCAAAAGCACAACCAUCAUGGACCAAAAUAUUAUUGAUGUUUGUCCAUCUGUCCCCACCACACCUGAGUCAAGUUUGGGUGAAACUGGUGGUGGUCUGUCUGUCUUUGAACGUCACACAUCUCAAGAGUUUGAAAGGAUUUCAAAUCAAAUGUCUGAUGACAACACCUCUGACCACACAUCAGGUGAUGUGGCGCAGGCAUACCAUGGACAUAUUCAUUAUCACUGCAUGACACCGGAGAGACUCUCAAAUAGAGACUCAGACCACAAACCCCCUGAUCAUUCAGACCCGUCUGUUGAUGAGAAUGUUAGUACAUUUCAAGAUCAAGGAACUCUGAGGCAACACUUUGUCAGACAAACUACAGAAAGGGUUGUACUUCUGGAUAUCAGCGCCAAACCUGCAGAGUUGCUCGUGACCUACAAACACAGGUCUGAGGGAGGAGAGACUUGGGUCGCAUUUGACCAUAAGGACAGAGAGAACAAUGAUCGAGAUCGAUGGGAUGAAGAAACACCUGCAGCUGUGGUUGAUGAAAGAAAUUGUAAAGGACUGACAAAUCUUGAGGCUGAGAGUUUUGAUGGGGCUGAGACUAAAUACUGGGCUGGAGAAGCAAAUGUUCCUGAAAGACAAUCCGUUGGGAAAGACCAAAGCAGUCCAGUUGCUAAGAUACUAUAUAAGACAGGGACCAUGACAGUCUGUUCACAACCCACUGGUUCAGAAUUUGUUCAAGGCCCUGUGUCGUUUACCUCGCCUGACUCCAUACCUUUAAGUCCCUCAGCCAUCAUGGCCACAAAUAAAUCACCUCCUCUGUCGACUCCUACUCACCACUCUUUCCAGUGCUAUCUGUGCGACCGUUCCUUCAGUCAGCGAGGCUCUCUCAACAGACAUGUGAGGAGCCACCUUGGCGUUCGACCCUUUCCUUGCCCCAAUUGCCCCAUGUCCUUUUCACGACAGUACCGUGUCACAGAGCACAUGCGUGUUCACCAGCGCUGUUCUCUUGGGACUGACUUUCAAAAGCCUUCUGCUUCUCCAACAUGA